AUGACCGACCACCACCUGCAAGCCAAGCUCAAGCUCUCCACACCCCCCAGCCAGCCAAACGGAUUGUUAUUGCCGUUGCUGCCCAAUGCCGCCCUUCCGGAUUAUAUUAUGGAAGGUUACACAGACCGGGUUUCUGCGGCAGUGAGACCUAUGACGGACAUAUCUUCGUAUCUGCUCGUGUGCACACCUUACUGUUGGAGUUGUAAACAGCAGCACCAUGGAGCUGCUCACAACGUCUUCUCUGCAUCCACUACAUCCUCUAAUACUGGAACCAGCAACGUCGCCAGUUUAUCGAUAGUACCCCACCCCUACCCUUGCCCAUGUCAAUAG